AUGAACCGGUUCUACGAGUUUAAAGGUAUGGCAUAUGCCACCAUUGUUUUCAAAAGUGCCCGUGCGUUUGCAGAUAUGUGCUUCAGUUUGCCACAGGUGGACGACUUGACCUCUGUUUACUCUGAUAAAAUCUUCGGAAACGGGACGGCAGCCCUUUCUUAUGACCGAAUAUUGGCGGAAAAUCGGUUGGUGUCACAUCUGUAUCAUUGUCCUUUCGAUAUCACCCGGAUCGAGGGUGAAGCUUGUCUUCAGGCGGAUAUUCUGCACCAGAGUGUACUCGAACUGAUCCAUUCGGAAGAUCGAGAAGAAUUCAGACGUCAGCUAUCUUGGCGAAACGGUCUACCCCUGGAAUUGCAAUCAUACACCUUAAAUGAACUUAUGUCAAGAGAUUAUGUGCAUCAUCUGCGACGCCGGUUUACCGUUCGAUUUCGAUGUCUACUGGAUAACACAUCUGGAUUUAUUACACUGGAACUGAGUGGUCGCUUGCAAUUUCUUCACGGACAAGCGCGUAUGCAUGCAGCUCAUGGUGCGGGCAUGGGAGGUUCUCGAUCACAUCACCAUCAUCAUCAUGGGGGACGUGUGAGUUCCAGUUCAACUGCUCUAACCUCUAGUGGUGCGGGGAGCAGUUACAAUUUACCGCCACUUGGAUUGUUUGUCGUCUGUAGUCCGCUGGGACCGAUGCCCAGUUUGAAUGGUCCACAGCGUGAUAUGACAUUCAAAACAAAACACCAGUUGGACUUGACUGUGACCACAAUUGAUUCAAGAACCCGGUUGAUUUUCAAUUACGUGGAUACCGAUUUGCAACACUUCAAAGUUUAUGAUCUUCUGCAUCCGGAAGAUUUACAAUACGUGGCUCAGGGACAUCGUGAAGUUUUCAAAACCGGAUCGAUCGGCCUUCUUGUGCACCGCUGGUUGUGUAAGUCGGGAGAAUGGAUUUGGUUGCAAUCACGUGUUCGAUUGGUGAUGAAAAACAACAAACAAGACCACAUCAUUGCAAUUCAUCGGCAAUUAUCACAACAAGAAGGAAUGGAACUGUUGAUUCGUCGAAGCGAUGAAUACAAACUUCCUUUUCCACUGCUCGAACCAGAAACCCUACUUAGUGAUGAUGGAACAUCUGUAAGCAACAAUCGACUGGUUUCAGACUAUGGUGGAUCGUUCACCACAUCUCACAUCAAAGAUUUGGAGAGCAAUUUCAUUAGCAGUAUUGUGAAUGGCAACGUGCAAUCCGGAACUAGUGCACCAAAAGCCGAUCAGCUGUGUCCCGUUACUCCCUCCAAAUUGGAUAAUGGAUACUCGGUCUUGGACGACUCUAUGAUUGCACCCACCAUGAAGCGUGACAGUUCAGUGAAUGCAAGAUUUGGCACAAGUGCACGAAUGUCGAAAGAAGAUGCAAACUCACACAAUUCCACCAUAUCUAAUACAAACUAUCCUUAUCAUUUGCAAGGCCAUAUGCAUCAAGCAGGUACUAAUCCGCUCAGAACUAAGCCACAAGUGAAAACAAAUGGUGGCUCAGGACGGAGACGGAAGCAAUCAACAAAGUCUACAAUUCAUCCAGAAUAUGACCCGGCCAACUUGGCUUACGGACCCAAGUCACUGGCACUUUCCCUUGCUACCGGCGCACUACCUCCAUAUGCCACGGAAUACGGUCAGCAUGAAAGUAGCUCAGUCUAUGGUCGAUCCGAUUUCACCCCACUGGAAGCUUCACUUAGAACAGGGAAUACAACGACCUCGUUUCCUAAUCAAUUGAUGAGUGGCACUGGUCACCCACAAGUGGAAUUCGAUCAGGUUGGUUAUUAUCUGGGUUGGCGAAAUUCUACGGAUCACAAUUACCUAUUUAAUUCUGCCUCUAACUGCGCUGCUCUGUCGCACACGACACCGACUCCUCAGUCCUGUUCCACAGAUGUUAGUGAUCGGUUGUUUUCUCAGGGAAUUCCGUUUCAGUCCAAUCGAACAGACUAUUCCGGGCAUGGCGCUUCAGCAGAUACAGCAUACGGACACUAUGGAACACCAUACGAUGCUUAUUCGGCUGCCAUGGCCGCGGCAGCGGUUGUAGCAGCAGCCAACAGCUAUCACGCUACAGCACCACAACCAACAAGAAGUCAUGCACUGGCGACCUCGUCCACGUCAUCCACAUCCGGAUUGUCAUCUUACGUCGAACAAACAUUCCCCCGGUUUUACGCCAAUCCAUCUGACUCAACAGCAGAACUUUUCACGAAUUCAACAAGGCAAGGGAAUUCCUCCCACACGACAGAAUAUUCGACGGGUCAGAGACAUGGACACCCUUUCUCACGGAUGUCCAGAGAGAGAACAUAUCAGUCAAGCACAGGCAUGGAUACUGAUGCAUCCGUGGCCGACCCUUACGAAAUGCUGAAAUCCUCAACGGGACUAAAUGUGCACAAUAUGGCAUUUAAUCGGUAUCUCAAAACCAAUGAGGUUGAAAAUCCCCAGUCAGUUUCCAAACAAGAAUUCAUGAACUACUCAGCUUUUCAAAAUUUAACGGAGAAGGUUACACAAUCAUUUGGUUCCGUUAACUCCUUGCCAAAAGCAACGAACUCCGCAAAUCCGUAUGAACCGAUGUUCCAAAUGAAUUCUAGCUAUGACGGAUCCUUCCGAGACAAGGGCUAUUCGAGCACAAUGAUCGAAACUGGCGAAUUGAAGAAUACACUCAUUUCGUCUUUGGCUGCAGGCAAUCCAGAUUUGCAGAAUUCUCAUACGAUGCUAGAACCAAAAACCAUUAGGGACAGCAGCUGGCACGAAUCGGAGUCUAGUCGUCUGAUUAGUGACGAGUUCUAUUUUCGCCCUUCAGGAAAUGAUGAGACCAAUACGGUGGCAGUCAUCAACCGAUCCACAUCUUCCGCCUGUUCAUCCAGUUCCGGUCGCUCAGGCACACCGGGCACACAGAAUGAUCGAGAUUUUUCGCUCCACUCUACGCAUACAAACCCCACACAAGCCACAGGCUCUCGUUGGGAUUCCCUCACCAGUGAUCCCAGCCGCAUUGUGUUUGCCGGUCGCUCUCCGUUACGCUCGGAUGCGCAUAUCAACUUGCUCGGUCAAGGAUCGAAACAGCUGACCAGGGAGUACACAGAAACCCCUGGUGGAUAUAUAUCUACCGAGCAAAACAAGAAAUUCUCUCCCUCCGUGAUUUGCCCAGUGGCACAUAACUCGGACGAUAUCCUCCGACAUCAGUCGACUGAUCUGCCGAUGAACAAUGCGACCGAAGUGAACGGUCCGAUCACAAGCUUCCGGGAAACUCUGAUGGGCUUGAUUUGA